AAUGGAAGGGACCCCAUGAGAAAAGCAAAAUCACCCUCAGAAUGAAAACAUUCAAGGAAGACCCUCAAAGAAAGAGCAGCACCUCAUCAUUGAACCCCAUCCAAAAGAAAAUAAAAGAACCGCUUAAGAAGGAACCAAGAAGCCAAAAGCUACCAGAAGACAAAGCCGAACAGUUCACCUACCAGUCCGUCCCAGAAAGACUCUUCUCCAGGGACCGAGCGUAUGAAGUAAUAAAACGCAUUGUCGACGAAAGACUGGAGGCGGUUGAGUACAGCUGCGCAUGCGCGGUUAUCACUAAAGAUCUCUCCGACUGUAUUAAAGCGGCAGUAAAGAAGUUAAUGUAUGAUCGAUAUAAACUGGUUUGUUAUGUGACCAUCGGGCAACUGAAGGAUUCGAUGGUGAACUGCGGCAGUAGAGCCAUCUGGUGUCCCACUUCAGACACUUUUACUGAAUAUAUUUAUAAAAACAGAUCUUUAUUUGCUGUCUGCAUCUUGUUUGCGGUGUAUAAAGAGUAGGCUAAGCGUUUAAUGAAGCAGACUAGCUAGUUCGUGUCUGGAAAGAAUAUUGAUAGCAAUGAAAAUGUAUAGCAUAUUCAAUAAAUUAAAUAACAUUUAAAUAUGGCUACUGUGUG